AUGAAAGAGAAUCAGGAAAUGAAAUGUGUAGAAGCGGAUCGAGGGAAUCACCUAUAUCAAGUAUCUAUGCGCGAGCUGUCCCUGCUCCAGGACUUCAGACGUUUGUAG